CUGCUAAUAUUUUCGUGUUUGUAUGAUUUACAAAAUGUGUUGAUAUACAAAACCUAAAAGCCUCUCUUUUCUGUAUUUUCAGGUUCCAACCUUGGUAAGUUAUGAACUCCAUAUCUGAACCGCAGUGUUAUAAUUAAAAUAUGCGGGAGUUGUACCUCAUAAGUCUUUAACUGGUUAAUAUUACGAUGGUGUUUGUAGAAAUGUGUUGAUAUGAAACUUUAUUCUAAGAUACUUGUGUAUGCAAAAAUUUAAGACCUCUCUUUUUCUGUAUUUCAGUUUCCAACCUUGCGAAGUCGGUGAAUAUGAUCCCCAAGGUCUAUUUUGUGUUUAACCACGACGAACGCAGUUGUGAAGCUGUUAAAAAUCUAGGAAAUGAUGGUGAGAUGGCCGUUUAUAUAAUAGGAGGAGGAACAGAGGUGCAACCUUCCAAGAAAAGAAGGUUGCCAACAACAGCUAAACCUAACACAACUGUGGACAUACGCUCCCCGAAUCCGCGUGCAAGCGAAGAAGGGGAGACUACGACAACUGUGGACAUACGCUCCCCGAAUCGACGUGGAAGCGAAGAAGGGGAGACUACGAUGUUAUAUGAGGAUUUGGUGAAGCAAAACGAGGGAGGACCUUCGAACGAAAAUCACCAAUUGAAUAACGCACAUAUGCUCAGUCCUCGAUCGCCUGCGUAUGAUCCUGCGAUGGCGGUCAAAGGGUUGAGCAGAUCAUCUGCCAUAGUUCGUACGUCGACUCCGUUGGCUUCCCCAAUUAAUCUGCAGGAGGCUGCAGAGGAACCGGGGAGGUCCGCCGACGGUGAAGAGCAAGCGAUUGCCCCAGUGGACAGCGGUUGUGCUAUUAUUACACCUGUUAAGCGCAAUAGACGGAGAAGACUCAAACUCAAUAAAAAUCCGGGAAUCUUGACUCAAAAUAUGCCUGAAGAUAGUCAAAUAGCAGCCGCAAUUGAUGUAGAUUUCUGGAUGUCUCCAUAA